AUUACAAAUGCUUUGUAAAUAAAAGUCUACAAUUUGUUGUAAAAUAUAAAUUGCAGUGAACUAUGGAAAACGAUAGCCCUGUAAUAUAUGGCCUUGAAUUUCAAACAAGAGCAUUAUCAGCUCAAAUAGCAGAAACAGAUAUUGUCAGAUUUUUAGUUGGAACACAGUCAUUGAAAUUUAAUAAUAAUCAAGUUCAUUUGGUAGAACUUAACGAAGAAACAGGUGGAUUAAAGACUCAAGUCUUUCAUCAUCAUAUUGGAGAAAUUUGGUCUCUACAAGCUUCUCCAACAGAUCCCAGUGUAUUCAUUACUUGUUAUAAUACUUUACGUGAUGAUGGUUCCUGCCAUAUGAAAGGAGCUCUUUGGAAACUACCAGAAUUAAAGGAAUACACAAAUGAUAUUGAAAAUCUUAAAAAUAUAGCAAAUAUUGAUACCACGCCAUAUGGCACAGACCUCAAGACUAUUGCUUAUCAUCCUAUGGAUUCAACAAAAGCUGUUUCAGUUGUGGACAAUAAGUUUAUAUUAUGGGAUCUAGCUGAUAAUGGACCACAGGCAACUACUUCUGGUACUUUAGCUAGUAAAGGUCAACCACGUUUCACAAAUGGAAAAUGGAAUCCUCAUAAUGGUUGUAAUCAGUUUGUCACAUUGAAUGAGAAUAAUGUUCGUGGAUGGGAUUUCAGAAAUCCUGCUGAGGCAUCUUGGACAAUUUUGUCUGCUCAUUCUCAAAUAAUUAGAGAUUUAGAUUUUAAUGUGAAUCGACAAUAUAUUUUAUCUACAUGUGGAGAUGAUGGAUAUAUGAAAUUUUGGGAUAUUCGAUCACCUACUGAACCUAUAUUAUCUCGUAUGGAACAUUCACAUUGGGUGUGGAGUAUUAGAAUUAACCGUUUCCAUGAUCAAUUAGUUUUAACUUCAAGUAGUGACUCAAGAGUAAUAUUAUGCAGUAUUGCAUCUAUAUCUUCAGAACCUUUUGGACACAUUGUGCCCCCUGAGGAUGAUUGUACACAAAACGAGUACAAUUGCAAAAAAGACAAGCUUGAAGAUGGAGUUGUUGGUAGAUAUGAAGAACAUGAAGAUAGUGUAUAUGCAGUUGAAUGGUCAUCUGCUGAUCCUUGGACAUUUGCAUCAUUGAGUUAUGAUGGUAGAUUAGUUCUUAACAAAGUUCCUAGGAAAUACAAGUAUCAAAUACUGCUUUAA